CCUACAUAUCCCUAUUCUCUAUCUGAACUACUGAAAAAGUGACGAAUUAUAUUUAUUCGAUUAAAAAAAAAACUAAAUUCACACCGAAAAUUACAGCAAUAUUCUAUGAAAUUACGUAUUGUGUUAAUUUUUCAAUUUCAAUUGGAUACAUAGAUUACAAAGAAAUCAAGUUAAACACAACACAUAACACGAGAAAGUGAAUUCGAUUUCAAAGUAAAAGUUACUCAGCACAGCAAAAGAGCAAAGCAAAAUGGCUGAAGGUGGAAACAGAAGAAUUAUUGUUAAUGUAAAAACACCAAAAGAAAAGAAAAUGAUAGAAGUGGAUGAAGAUUCUGGAAUUAAGGAUUUCAAGGCCUUGGUUGCUGAGAAAUUUGAAGCUGAACCGGAACAGCUGGUUUUAAUUUUUGCCGGUAAAAUUAUGAAGGACACUGACACCUUGCAAACGCACAACAUCAAGGAUGGUUUGACAGUACAUUUGGUCAUCAAGGCCAAGACACGCAAUAGUGAAACCACCCAACGUCCUCCGGCCGAUGUACGUCAAACUCCAUUUGGUUUGAAUACUUUGGGCGGUCUAUCCGGCAUGGAGGCCUUGGGUGCCGGUUCGGGUACUUUUAUGGAUUUACAAGCCCGCAUGCAAAGUGAACUAAUGAAUAAUGGUGAUUUGUUGCGCACCAUGUUGGACAAUCCCAUGGUCCAACAAAUGAUGAAUAAUCCCGAUGUUAUGCGUCAAUUGAUCACCUCCAAUCCACAAAUGCAAGAUUUAAUGCAACGCAAUCCGGAAAUUUCACAUAUGUUAAAUAACCCGGAAUUGUUACGUCAAACCAUGGAAUUGGCCCGUAAUCCCUCGAUGUUGCAAGAGCUAAUGCGCUCGCAUGAUCGUGCUUUGUCCAAUUUGGAAUCGGUACCAGGUGGCUACAAUGCCUUGCAACGUAUUUACCGUGACAUUCAAGAGCCAAUGAUGAAUGCUGCAACGGAAUCAUUGUCACGCAAUCCAUUUGCGGGACUAGUUGACAAUGGUGGCGGCAACAAUCCCCAAAUGGGUACCGAAAAUCGUGAGCCUCUGCCAAAUCCUUGGGGUGGUCGCGGCAAUACCACUGGAACUGGUGCCAAUAAUCCUGAUUUGCCACCACGCGGUAUGCUCAAUACCCCAGCUAUGCAAAGUUUGAUGCAACAAAUGUCCGAGAACCCGUCAUUGAUGCAAAAUCUCUUAAAUGCUCCCUAUACCCGUUCCAUGUUCGAGGCAAUGAAUCAAGAUCCCGAUAUGGCUGCACGUCUACUAAGCACCAGUCCCAUGCUGGCCAAUAAUCCGCAACUGCAAGAACAAAUACGCCAAAUGAUGCCACAAUUUAUGGCACAAAUGCAAAAUCCCGAAGUCAUGAAUUUGCUAAGUAAUCCCGAGGCCAUUAAUGCCAUUAUGCAAAUUCAACAGGGUAUGGAAUCGUUGAGAUCGGCUGCUCCCGGACUGAUGGGUUCGUUGGGUGUACCACCACCACCGCCCGGUAAUACCAACACUGAUACCAAUACUACAAAUACCAGUACGAACACAACGGCCACAGGAGAUAGUCAACCGGCCAUGGCUCCUGGCGGUGGACCCAAUGCUCAGCUGUUUAAUGACUUUAUGACGCGAAUGUUAAAUGGCAUGACCACCACAGCGGAUAAUACACAACCUCCGGAGGUGCGUUAUCAGUCACAAUUGGAACAAUUGACAGCAAUGGGUUUUGUUAAUCGUGAAGCCAAUUUGCAAGCAUUAAUUGCCACCUUUGGAGACAUCAAUGCAGCUGUUGAGCGACUGUUAUCAUUAAACCAGUUGUCUCUAAGUUAACAUACCUAAGCCCCGCCCCAACCCCUCUACUAUUAUUACAACUUUCCUAACAACAAAACAAAAACAAAAAAAAGAAUUAAUCCUGUUUGUGUAUGUGAGCGUUUGUUUUUCUUCUCCUCGAUUCUAAUUAUUUUAUAUAUAUAAAUAUAAUAAAAUAAAUUCUAUAAAUAUAUACCAAUAUAUAAAAAAUACAACCCCCCAACAACAACAAAGACGGAACUCACACAAAAUAAUAUUACGAAAAAAUUAUUGGAUUGUAUUGAGGUUAAAAAAGGAUUGAUUUAUAUUUCAAAAGAUAUAACAGUUUAAAAAAAAAGACCAUAAUAUAUUUAUGCAAAAGCAAUUGUAAUUACUACUAUUUUGAAUGGAUUUCGCCAUUACCACCCAUUUUAGUCGAUUUAAUUAGAAAUUCUAAAUUUACGCUUGCUUGCUUGCUGGCUGGCUUGUUGGUAAUGAAUUAUUAAUUCUAAUUUAUAUAAUUAAGUCUUGGGUAUAUUUCCAACAUAUUUUUUGUUUGUUUAUUUUUAGUCCACAACUAGAAAGGUAAACAAAGGUCAUUUAUAUUGUUUUUUCGUUGAACAAAUAUUUCUUUUUUUCUGUGUGCUAAGGUGUUUAAGACAUUUACAUUUUUCCCCCGCUUGCUCUAUUCCAAAAACAAUUUGAUUGUUAAAUGUAUUUCAAUUUUCGUUUAAUUGUUUUAUGAAAAUAAAGCCGAAUAUAUAACUGA